AUGAACGAAUUGUCGUUUGAAGUAAACAGUAUGGAUAUUUGCCAGUAGAGUAUUUUAAUAAAAUAUGUUUAAAAUCAUAUAGUUAAAUAGUAAUUUAAAGGUGUUUAAUGUAGCAAAUUAAACAUGUGGCCUAUGCUUCUUAAUAUGACACGCGACGAAUGUCGUCGAACGCUAAGAAGACUUGAAUUGGAAGCCUACUCGAAUAUGAUAAGUGUAUUCAGAGCACAAGGGGCAUUAGAAGACAACAGAAAAAAGUUGCUUGAGGAACUACGCGCCGUUUUGCAUAUAAGCAAUGAUCGGCAUAGCGCUGAGGCGCGUCGCGUGUCUAAUGACGAGCUACUAGCCACUAUUGCUGAACAGUUAGCGGGUCCUAACACAGGUUUGGGAUGGAUCAGCGAGGGUCGGCGCCGCGUGCCUCUAAUGCCGCGCGGCGUUCCACAGACAAUGUACACAGAAAUCGCCGACCGAGCUGCUGAGGCCGCUGCCGCAGAGAACAAGGACAUCAGGAAAAGAAUCGAGACUGAAAAACUUAAUGAUGCAUCAGACUAUGAUAGUGAUCAUCACAGUCAAUGUAUAGAGGAAGAAACAUCUUGUCCUGUCGCUCUUGAAGAUCAUACAGCUAAGAUAUGGGAAACUGAACUUAUUUGUCGUAAAAGAAAAUUGCCCGAAGGUGCCGCGCUACCAGACGAAGCUUCAACUCCACAUAAAAAUAUGAGAAAUGUACAAGUUAAUACAAAUCAGAAACAUUUAAAUUUAUCACAGGUCUAUUCAAGAUUUUCACAGCCAACGUCGAGUAAAGCGUCAGGUCAUUCGAAACAUUCAUAUAACCAAGUUAGCAAAGUAUCGACUAGUAAAUCAAACCAGCCUCACGCACCGCGCGGUCACAAACACAGAGCACAUAAACAGGGUAAAACUCUGACUAAGGCGCAAAAGAAAGCUCGCGAUAUGCCUCUCUCUCCUAACAAACAGUACAAUCAACAAGUAGACUAUUCGGGGCCGCCCGGCUCCUUCCAGGCGAGUUACGCACAAUCAAUACUCGGCGGUAAAACGAAGCCGGACUACAUAGAUGAGAUGAAGUCUAAAUCGUCUUCGCCGGGGAUGAUCACGGACUCGCCGACGAUGCACCUCCUCACCCAGCCAGCCACAGUGCCUCACGAACUAUCAGUGUCCGAAAACCACCCGGACGACCCGCCCCUGCAGGCUCACACGACACCGAUACCGAAGACGGUCAGCGGCAAACCCUACCAGGUGAUCAUCAAAAAGCGCGGUGACAUCACCGCCGAUAAGAAAGUACAAAUGUCGGACUUCAAAGUCAUACAGAAACCGCCCGAGGAGGUCAAACUCCUCCCCAAUCGGCAGGUCGUGUUGACGCCGAACAAUCAGAAGACACAAAACGUUCCCGGGAAACUGAUGACAACCAAAGUUGUCAGUUCGCUGCCGAAAUCCAGGACCCCGAACGUUCCAGUCAUACAGUCCGAUAAAAUGAUCGUAGUUUCCAAAUCGUCCAUUGAAAAUUCAAAAAUAUUAAUAACAUCCACGUCCACGACGACGCCUUGUAAAGACAGUAUACACAGUAGCACAAACAGCAUAUCAAAAACUAGUGAAGCGUUCACGCCGAAAGGCAUCCCGGCGACUGAUUUAAAAGUUUCGGCUAAAACUUUCGUUUUAAAUCCUAAAUCGGGACAGAAAAUGGUCGUUUUACCGGCGAAAGCCGCUAAGGAAGGUCUGUUCCAUCUAAAAGGUGUGUCGACGAGUAUGAAGGUUGUGUCCGUGAGUUCGCAGAUCAGUGUUCAAGGUUCGAAACCACCUCCAUCAACUGCAAUGUCGAAGCCCACAGUGAACACGCUGCCUUCCAACGCUAAAAUAGUAGGUGUAGAACCGAUAAAGACUGCCAAUAUGGCGGAUAUAGUACCAGUGAAAGGUCUACCGCCGAUCUCGACAACAAAACUAACGAAUCCCAUAGUGCGGCCUGUGAAUACAAAAGGCAAUCUAAUAGUUGUGUCAAAAGGAUCUACUUUAGGAAAAACGCUCACUUUCACUAAAAAUGGUAACGACAUGUCCAAGAUUAUAAUGGGGAAGAACGUUAAUAAGCUGCUGCAGACGUCCAAGACGGAUCAGGCGGAAAAUACGAAAUCGGGGAAUGUUAUCGUUCUAGAGUUAAACAACGAACAGUCGGGGCGGACGACGACCAUGUCGGAAAUACUAGAGAACCGCACGAACCCGGCGUCGAUCAGCGAGCAGGAAGCUAAGAAUGAUGUACAGGAAAUAACGCCCGAGACACCGGUGCUGUUCGAGAAUCCGAUGUCGGCAGAGACCUGCAAUACUAGCAGUCUAGACUCCACCACCAGUCUCACGGAAAUGGAAAGAAUGGAAGACACGAGUUUAGGUAUAAUAGAUAAGAUAGGGAAAGAGAAAAUAGAUUUUAGUAAAAACUCAGAUAACAAGGAAGGCUCGAACGUGACCGUCUGGGACAUGGAGCUGGAGACUGUGGCGGACAAAGCGAAGGAAGACGUCGACAAACUAAACUCUUUACAUUUAGAUCUUGGCAUGUCUAGCGACAGUGAAAACGAAUUUAUGGAAGGUCAUAAAGUAAAGGAUCAGCUCCCGACCGAGAGGAUACAGACGGCGACUCCCACUGGUGAGGGUCCGGAGAGGUUUGGAACGUUGUCGCGGGCGCGCACGUUGCUUAGUCAAUUGCAAGACGACGGUUCGUCUAGUAACGACUCGUCCUUCGCCAUAAAGUCCAAGUGCCGGCGGGAAGAGCGCGAGUCGGAAGCCCUGUCCAAAGCGCGCGCGAAGUUAUCCGAGAAAGUAGCGGAAGCUAAAUCGCAACAGAAAAGAAUAGACGUGUAUAGCACGGCCAUCAGUACGACGGAUAUCAAUCUAGAUUCGUUUUCGUAUCUAGAAGAGGGUCUGCUAGAAGGCGAGGAGGCUCGAGUCGAGCUGACCGAGUCCCUGUCCCGCCUGCUGAGCGACGGACACGCCCCUUUACACAAACCGCAUCAGUAGCGACGACUUCUGACGAAUGUAACUUCACCAGUGCUAUUUGUGAGAACGCUAGACGCGAUGUGCAAAUUGGAUUGUGAGUGCAUCAGUUUUGAGUGAGCGACACUCGUUACACAUCAACUACCCCCCGUGAAAUAACAAAUUGUUAGAGGCUAAAAUUUCCGACGGUGAAAGCCCAGGCUGGGACGGAUCAACAAGAUUUCGUUUGAGGUUUCGAUGAAAAUUUUAGUUAUUUUGAAUAUGUUUCUUGUACAUAAUAUUUAUGGAGAACUUUUAGCAGCUUUCUUUUAAUCUUGCCGUUGUCUUUUGUUAAAUGAAUGUUGAUGGAUGUCAUUUAAGUAUUAAAUGUUUCCGAAAUUAUUAUCUUUUGUACUUUUUGAUAAAAAUAAUAAAGUAUGGCGAUAUAAAUAAAAAUAGGACAUAUUUUUUCAAGAGGAUUUCAUCUGCAUUGAUAUUUAGGAUAUACAAAUAUUAGUUACAAAAAAAAAAAAAAAAAAAACGUUAAAAACGUCAUUGCUCAAAUAACGUAAAAUUAAUAUGAAUAUUUUUUUGAUACGAUUAAUAUUAAUUUUUAUUUUGUAACUGAUAUUUAUUUAUACUAUGUAAGUACAAACCUGGAGGUAAUUCUCGUGUUAUAAAUAUAUGCCCAAUAUGAUGUUGGAUGCUGUUCUUUGUUAUAAACCAAUUCAUAAAACGAAGGUACGGUCCGUACUUCCUGUUUAUAUAAACUCUUUUUAAUAUUAAAACAUAGUCUACAAACGUUAUCGAGUCCAAACACCAAAAUGCACAUAUCAAGAAUUGGUUUUCAACAAAGCGAAAAUGUUUCUCAGAAUUUUAUUAUUAUAUCGAAAUGUGUGUAUAAAAUUAUAUAUAUAUAUAUUUUUUUUAAUAAUUUCGCAAAUUUUUUUAUAGAAAACGCAAAAUACUUAAGCUCAACAGUUUGGAAUACAUUAAACAAAAUUUAUUAUAAUGUAAAAGUUAUGUUACUAUUUUGUGAAAUUUUCAGGAAAAUAGCAAAAUAUCAGUAUUUUAUGAUACGAUUAAAAUAAAUCAGUUCAGUUUGACAAUUUUGUUAAAAUCAAUAAUUUAAAAACAAAUAAUUUUUCAUUUAAAUUUAAAUUAUGAUCCAAUAGAGAAAAAUCUGUCAACACUUUAAUUCCUACUUGUAAGGUAGUUUACAAAUAUUGCCUUCGUGAAAAUUAAAAAAAAAAUAAAUAUAUUUUUUUUGUACACAAGUACUAAAAGGCAACAGAUUUUUUAGGAUGACAAAAAUUUUAUAUAUACGAGAAAGUACUCAUUCAAUUGUAAUGAUAUCAACUAUUAAUUUAAUUAACUUCGCACUGAUACAAUGUAAAGUAUUCAGUAUGUAAACUUCAAUAUAUAUGUGGAUAUUAAUUUUCUCUAUCCAAGCCACAUAUAUCAGUGUCCCCUGACAGUGUCUGACGCACAAGUCGUGUAUGUUGUAAGGGCAUGACAAUAUUUAUGUUUAUCUUGUUUGAGUUUAUCGCCUAUCUAUUAAGACCAAUCUUCAGCCAGUCUGUAAAUUUCUUUAGUAAUAAUAACAAUGGUGCAUUAUAUAUUGUUGAAUAGAUAUAGAAUUCAUGCAAUAAAUGAGUUUAUUUUUAAGUACAUAUAUACUCAUGUACACUUAUAGCGAAAUAUUACAGAUUUUACCCAUUAUAUUAGAUAAUUAUAGUGUAGUUUUUAUAUGUGACGUUAAGGGAGGUUCACAAAGAAAGCUGGAAAAAGAUAAAAAAAUGUCAAUGAGUUGUUGCUUCGACUAAAUAACCGCACACAUAUUCUCCAUAUUUUUAUUUGAAAAAACGUUAUUUUACUAUGAUCUGUGUAUAAAAAAAAAUAAUAAUAUUUUCAGUAUUAAAAUUAGCACUUUAUAUAGCCACAAAGAAAUCUCUACUUUUGACGAUACAAAAAUAAUCUCUCCCAGGCUCAAUAAAUACACAUUGAAUAUUUAAAAAAACACCAACUCGCUAAUAAUUUUUUGUUUCAAUUAUAAAAUGAUAUGAUAUGAUAUGUACCCAGGGUGUGAUGUUAAGCGGCGCAGUGAAUUGUUACGUUCUGAAGAAAUAGUGCCAUGGAAAUAGUAAAGAAAAAAAAAUAGGUUAUGACAAAAUUGUAAAUAAAUCGUUUUUAUUGAAAUGUCUUUGAUGAAUGUCAAAUGGAGAAUGUGUUACAAUAUUUGUAUCAUAAUAAUAAUAAUUUUAUCAAAAAAAAAAACAUUUUUACUUGUAAAAGUGCAUAUUUAAUAAAAAUAACUAAGUGAAACUGGUUACGUUUUGUAUGUGGAUGCAGGUUGAUAUGAAGGUUGUUAUAAUUUCUAAACGUUAAGCCGCCCCUUCCCUUUCUAUGAAUUUAACGUUUAUAUUACUAGACCGGCCCCAACGGUCGAUCUGUAUCAUUUUAAAUUUAGAAUAAUUUACGUUUCGUCGGCUGUAAAUACGUUGCGUUGUCCUUAGUUUCGUUUUAGAAUCAUAGCAGAUACGUUGAUAAGAUUUGUGUUUUUGGCAUCAAGUUUAUUUUAUUUACUUAUAUUAAAAUAAACAGUUAAUUGAC